AUGUCAAUUUUGUGUUUGAAAAUACCACAUAAAACAAAUUUCAUUCCACAAGUAUUAAACACAUAUGAUAGUAUAUUCUCAUUUGUUCAGCAACACUUCAAUUCGGUUAUUGAUAGUAUUCGAUCAUCCCAUAAUGUUGAUAGUAACGAUAUGGAUAGAAUCGUUGAUAUUGCAGUGUCCAUGAAUGAUAUUCAUUCAACGAGUAGUAAUACAUACUUUCGGACCAUUGAACGGGAUGCUGGAGAACAUACAGUCACUAAAGAAGACUGCAUCAACCAUGUCCAGAAACGAGUCACUAGUAUGUUGAAAACUAUUAGAGCAAAAUUUUCUCGAAUGGAAUCUCAGUCAAGAUCUUCCACAGCAACUGGUCAAGAGUCACUUGAACUACGUGGUGCUGCUGUUUUAGCUUGUCUGUACUUCAACAGAGGUCGAUCUGGUUUGAUCGACUAUUUGAAUUUCGUUGGCAUUGAUGCCAAUCAUGAAUUCGUGAAUAUGACUAUAGAUCAGAAUGAGAAACGUUUGGAAAAAGCAUUUGUUGCCGCUGCCAGAGAAGAAGAAAUCACAGAACGAAAGCAUCAGAUCCGUUUCGACUCAAUGCUAGCAGAAGUUGAUACUGAAGAGUACGGUAGUAGAGAACAUUAA